GUGCAGACGUGUUUUUUCCUUCGAGUCGCUGCAAGGUUGUAAGAAAAUGGUCCCUAGGCCCUAGAUGUUUUUAUCGGGACACACUGCAAUGUUUGUCACAGUGAAGCACACAAGAAACCUGAACACUUGCGAUGUGCAGGGCCUGGAAAGCAUGGAAAGUGAUCCUGUUGAUGCCUGUGCCACUCGCUGCCUUACUUUUCAGCUCGGGCUCAAUCAACUUGUGCGGUUUUCCACCAACCCAACAGCCAUUAUAUACGUGUUUCCCGCCAUGGCUAUGACCUAUGAGAGUCUCAAUUUUGACACAGCGGAAGCAGUCCAGAAGCGAAACGAAAAAGUAACUGCUUUCUUGGAGCGUCAUGGUUUUGCGGGUGUGAACAGUUUGCGAGAUACCAGUGACGUUCACCGGUUUGUCCGGGUUCAACAGCUGUAUCCUUUGGAUGUAGCAGAAGAGCUGGGUGACCGGCCGAUGCUCAGCUUUUUGAGGCUGUCAGGUGCCAAGAAACGCUCAGAGCGCACAUUUGGCUCAUUUGGUGGUCUUCUGGGAAGUCUUUUGUCAUUCCGAAGGAGGUCUUCCACUGCCUCUGCUAAAGCUACGGAUGACUCAAGCGAUGGAUCCAGCACAGAGGACAUGCCAAGACGAAGUUGCCUCGUCAAGAAGCAGAUUGGCGACGAUAUCAUGUCUGUGUGGGUUUGAUAUGUUCGCAACAGCCCAAACACGCAGGCUUUCGGGAAGAGCAUUCUCACCAUGGGAAGGCUUCCGAGAGAUUGUCUGUGUGAAUUUGUGUGUUCUCUUUGGACAUUUUCUUCAGUUUUGUGCACCUGUCCCAAGACAGACCGGCUUUCCGCCAAAGCUGAUUUGCAUGUUUUUGCUCCUUCCCGCGUGGUGUGGUGCCAAGACUCUUGUGCAGAUGUGACUUUACCUUGGCCUGGCUGAGGAUUUUCACCCUUUUCCCUGCGCUUGAGGAAUGGGAAAAUGA